AUGUCUGAUAUCUUUGAUGCGCCACCCCCUCGACGGUCGCUCACCCUUCCCACAAAGCUGAACCGAGUCGCUCAACGCAGCUCCGACUCUAAACAGUCCGAGAACGAUCUCUUUUAUCAUCCAUCUGCGAAAGUCGUGCACUUUGCCCCUCGAUCUAUCGCGCCCAUACCCUCGAGCACUACUCCUUCCGACUUCGACUACCCCGUUGAUACCAUUGAGACGUUGCCAUGGCGGUCCCCCACAGAACGAACGGUCGCUUUUGCCCCGCUGAGGCUGGAGAAGAUUCACGGACUGACGGUGUUCUUGAAAUGCGGAAGUGUUGUUCAUGCGAUUCUCAAAAACUCUCAGUGUUGGUGUGUUGACGGGGAAUCCACCUUUGUCCUUCGUAUCCGGCCCCUCACAUAUUAUCGGAUCGAACUGCCAAAUGAAACAGAGCGGGACAAGGAGCUUGUCAUGCAGAUGAAAGAGGCUUUGCCAAAAGUUCUCCGCUAUGAAGUCACUCCGUGCCCUUUCAAGCGUGGUUUCACAGUUGAGAUCCCAGAGGAAGCAAAGAUUCCCCGGCGGAAGAAGGCGUGGCGGCCGAAAGGGCGAAGGGAGAGUGCUCCCAUACAACCAACAUAUUCCCGAGAGUUCCUCGUUCCAGAUGGUAUUGCAACGCCGGAUUCGCUAAGCGCAGGCGAGGAGACGGACGGAACUGCCACUGAUGAUAGCGCUAUUACUCCAAGAGGCAGCAACAGCGUGAUAUUAGAGACGAUUCCAGACGAUCAGGAACAGUUGCCGGAGCCCAUUAGCAUCUCCGGGGCCCUCGAACUGCCGAAGCGUUCCGUGAACGAGGCCCAACUGAGCUUUCAGACCUUGCUGGCGAGGUUUGAAGACACAGCGGAGCCUCACGAUCGCCCGGAGUUAUCUCUAUCCUCAAGUGUCGACUCAUUUCACUCGCUCGACUUUACACCAGAAUCUUGGCUAACGCCCCCGUCGCCUACGUCACCAGGCGAUACACAUUCACUGCACGAGACUUGUGAAAUGCAGGGGUCGUCGAAAGGAGAGAGAGUUUAUCAGACCACCUUGAGACCACCGUUGUGCUCAGAACGGAGCACAGACCGAUUGUCCGAAUCUAUGGAUUCAACUCAAAGAUCAUCUCCCGAACAAGAGUUUGCACUACCCCGGACCCCUGGAUCCUUCUAUAGCGCAAAGUCUACCGAUUCAAACCUGAGCAUUGAAUUUCGGCGUCGCUCAAAGGCGUCUCGGGAACGGGAAAUUUCCCCCAUGCCUCCGGCAUCUACAUUAAUCCUUGCCAACUCAGAGAAACAAGACGCGGCGUCUCUCAUCCAGAAGACCUGCACCCUGGUUCUCGUUCCUCCUAUCCAGCUUCUUAUCGUUCUGAUUCACAUCGCAGCACGGAUCGUUAUCGGCCCAGGGCUCGGUUCCUCCGCUGGUAUCACGCAGCGCAAAAUCGAACGCCAGCUCUCCGAGGCCCAUGAAGGUGUCGACGAUUACGAUCUUCCCCUUGCGCCGGAGGCUUCAAGGACACCGUCUUUCUCCGACCUGACAACUUAA